UGCAGGCACAGCAGCCUGAGCCUGGGCUGGUGGUGGUGGCCGGCUUGCCAGCUCCCGGUGUACUUCCCCUCCUCCUGCAACCCCCUGCGGACCUGCUGAAGCUGCAGACAGGAGAGAGCAAACUUAGAUCCCCCGCUGUGGACUGUGCUGAGAAAGCAGAAAAAGAGGGGCACAGAGAGAAAGGACCCCAGGACAGAGGAGGAGGAAGAGGAGAGGAAGAAGAGGAGGCUCCAUCACAUCGUUUGCAGGAUGCUGCGGAAGCUGUCUCUGUCCUUGUUCCUGGUGGCCCUGUUGGUGAAGGUAACAGAAACCCGCAAAAACCGACCUGCGGGUGCCAUCCCCUCGCCCUACAAGGACGGCAGCAGCAACAACUCUGAGAGAUGGCAGCAACAGAUCAAGGAAGUACUGGCAUCCAGCCAGGAGGCCCUGGUGGUCACUGAGCGCAAGUACCUCAAGAGUGACUGGUGCAAGACACAGUCGCUACGGCAGACGGUGAGCGAGGAGGGCUGCCGCAGCCGCACCAUCCUCAACCGCUUCUGCUAUGGCCAGUGCAACUCGUUCUACAUCCCGCGGCAUGUGAAGAAAGAGGAGGAGUCCUUCCAGUCCUGCGCCUUCUGCAAGCCCCACCGCUUCACCUCUGCCAUCGUGGAGCUCGACUGCCCCGGCCAGGAUCCGCCCUUCCGACUCAAAAAGAUCCAGAAAGUGAAGCAGUGCAGGUGCAUGUCCGUGAACCUGAGCGACUCGGACAAGCAGUGAGCACCGGGCCCCCAGGCGGGACGCAGCUCAGCACCUCACCCUGGCCGCUGGGCGCCACUGCCGCCGCCUCUGUCCCUGCCCUGAAGCUCACUCACCGACACGCUCUCUGGUCUCCCCUCCUUCCAUGGCUCAGUACCUCUCCUGGGGCUGAAGGUGGCCUGGUCACAAGGACCCAAGUGGAGCUUUGCUGAUGUGUUCCCACCCCAAUUAGGCCCCACUCAUGUCUCCAAAGCCAGCCUAUAAAUUGGGCCGGGUGGAUGAGGCAGGGAGACCACGGACAGUUGUGGGAGAGGACCAUUCAGGCGAUGCACUAACAAGCCCGCAUAAAUGUUUGCACCAUGUGGAAAAGCGAGCCUUGCCCUGGUCUCAUUCUCCAUGCCAGCUCCCUUCUUCCCGCCUGGAGGAAGGCACGCUUCUCUGACCAAAAGUCUUCUUGAGAGGGAGCAAGGGGAGGGCCAAUGGAACUCUCGGGGUGGAUGUUCCUUCUCGCGAUUUGGAGGCUGUCCUUAACGGCUACUGCGGUGCCUGUGUAGAGAGUUCCGGAAGGAGAUAUCCAUGGAUAUGGCGUCUCCAACUAGCCUAAUAUCUACAAGAUCUGAUGAGCCAAGGGGAUCAGGAAGGGGACUACACUGGGGAACUUUACUCACAGUAACCCAAGCCCACCCUCUUCCGGUAUUACCACCUCUUCUUCCCUUCUGUCCCCAUCCCCAUUUGUGCACUCAAGAUGAAAUCUGGCGUGCAUGCACUACCGCUGCACGUAGACAGUGAUUACACACAAGGCCCUCUAUGUUAACGCUGGUUUUAUAAUGGACCUAGAUUGUAAUGAGCUGUUAAAACUGCUAUAGACCUCUCCCUGUAUCGCUUCACAUGCCUUGCCUCUGGCUUAGAAGCACCAUUCUGAGUAGGGAGGAGAGCAGGCGAUGGCCUGCUGAAAAGACACAAGGUAUUUCCGGAACUGCCUGACCUGUGGCUAACAGUCCUGUACCCAAUUUAGACAGGGCAGGGAGGUGGGCGGAGUCAUGAUGUGCUUGGAACAUGAUGUCAUUGAAGAUGCAACAGCAGCACUGUUGUAGAAGUUGGAUUGGGGUGGAUGGGUGUUGGGUAGGAAGUCCCAACCCAAAGCUCUUACAAUAUUUAAUAUGCCCAAGUGGUUGAGAAAACGUACUAUUUUGCUGCCACGACACUAAGCAAAAUCUACUUCUUGCUUAAAUAUAUUUGAGAAUGUGAGGAGUUGGAUCCCCUUGUGGGUGUUGGAGGAAGUAAAAACGAACAUAGAGUAAUCUAGAUGAAGAGUCCCUCCUAAAAUAACUAGCUUCCUUUCAGAAAAAAAAAAGAUUCAAAUAGCAUAAGCAAUCACUAAACUGUCUUUUUUUUCUAAUGAUUUAUCAAAAUUCUCCUGUUGUGAUCUCUUCAUAGAAGAGAAUUGAAAUAAUUUAUUUUCUUGCAGAUAUACUCACUUUGAGUCCCUUUGCGCUGUCACCUCAGGAAGGCCUCUCUGUGAGUGAUGUUUAUAGAAUCUGACAAAUGUGAAUGAGAUGCCAUGGGGAGGAAUCAGCAUACUCUAAAUAACUUUCACUGGUAAUUUGCAAGCCAGUGUACUUUCAAAGGGAUGGUUUUCCUGGGAUGUGAGAGAGACCCUCUUCACUCUGUUCUGUGAUUGAGGCUUUCUGUCACUAGGCAGUGAUGAGGUGUCUAGAACUCAUCACCUGAAGAGGAAAUGGCUGUGAUGGGAUGUGCAAGUUGAUCUAUUGCUUGUUACUGCAUUAUGAGUUUUGUAUUUUUCUCAUUUCUCCAACACUACAAAACCCAAGCGUGAACUGUGCUGCUUGUAAAGGGGGAAGGUCUUGACUUCAGAGAUAAGCAUAUGCAGGUAGAAUCCGAAGACAAAAAUGAAGACAAAUAAGUUAGUAAAAGAGCCUGAGGAUGGAGACAAAAGUGAAGAGGGUAUCUAAUAUCAGAACUGUGAUUUUAGCAGAAAACUUCAAAAUUGACUUAGUGCAAAAAACAUAGCAGAAAAUCUAGGAAGGAAGGAAAUCCAAGUUGGUUUCAGUGGAACUGGUGGAGUAUAAUGUGAAGGGAAGGAAGAGAAGUCUCCUAUCCAAGUACAAGGCCAAUGUUAUCAUUUUGUUAAUGCAGAACUUACACAAAUAAGAGAAGGAUUAAGCCAGAACUCGUGGAUUAUAGGCCGGAGCUCUCUCUUUGAACCCAAUCAUAGACAUGGUAAUGAAAGCAAUGUGAUAUGCUGCAGUCUGAGGCUCCUUCUGGGGGUAUCCUAUAUAUCAAGUUUACCUUCUAAUGGCUCAAAUUGUAUUUAAUUGUUUUGUUUUGUUUAUAAAUGAAGAAAAGUUAUAAGUAUAAUAUAAUUAUUUUAUAGGUAUACUAUUAAAUUAUAGAACAAAUAAAGAUACUCUAGGAUUAUAUGUGAUCCUGGUGUGAUGUGCCAUGAAUGUGGGAUUCUGGGCUUCUGUUGAUGACCAGCAAAGAAGCCCGGUGUGCAGAUUGUGUUGAUCUAGCGACAUGAGCUCCUCCAGUCUGCCUGUCCCUGACAUGUGAUAUCUUUAAGGACCUAGUAUCUUGAAGGAGAAUCGAAUCAGGCAUGCAAGGAGCAGAGUGCUAGGAGUGAGAGGCACUCGAUCCUAGACUUGCAAGCUUCAUGCCACUUCCACUCCUCCAGCCCUACAGGAUAUUCUUACUGUGUUCUCUGAGGAAGAAUGAACGAAUGAAAAAAAUGAAUGAAUGCGGAAACCUGGAAAAGCUACUUCCCAUAGAAUUUUAUGGUCAGUUCCACUUUCUUUUUUAUAGCCAGUGUGCCACACUGGUCUCUUCAAUGAUCCAGAAAUUUCCCUGAAUUUUGUUCAACUUUACAGUUACUAUUCACAGGUUUUAGCAUUUCUUAAAUAUGUCCUGGUCUCAUAGUGUUUCCAUUUUUUCUGCCAUUUUAACUAUCUGCCUGAAAUAGAAACUCAAUUACCAAUAAAGGAUAAAAACCCAAAUAAACUUGCACACAGUUAAUUUAUUGUCUGGUAGUCAAAGGAUUUAAAUUCAAGUUGCAUAAUGAAUAAUUCAUCUUAGCUUAGAAAACAGGAUAGAAAGAUCCAUCUUGUCUGAAAGUGGUUAUGGAUUUUUAUGUAGCAAAGUC